AAUGUGGCGUUUCCGGGCAUCAACGGCGUACGAAAAUGGUUCCCCUAACAACUUACGGGAAGUCCAUCGUUUAUCCGUAUGUGAAAGUCGUAUUGACUCUCUGAUGUUUUCGGCAUCGCUCUUAUUGUAAUUAUAAAUGGAUUCCAGGGUUUCUGAAAUUAAGGAGCCUCGCCUUCUGAGGCGAUCGGUUAGGCAGUCAUCAGGUAACGUUAGAGCAUUGGAUUUUGAACUGGCACCCAGGGGACCUAUGAAGAGGACCAGAAGAGGGUUGAAACCCCAAAGUCCUGUUAAAGCUGUCAAUGGGUCCAGAGAUGAGGAGAGUGACUCAGAGGAUGAAGUAUCCCCGAGCAAGAAGAGCCGGCUGGAGGAUGGAGGAGCAGAGGACAGCUGUGGUGAUGCGAAUGAGAUGGAGGUUCAGGAACCUGAUGAAGAUCAGGACACAGAUGAAGACCAGGGAAUGGAUAUUAUACAGCAGUCCUCUCAUGCCUCUCAUCAAGUUCAAUCAAACAAAGGCGCCCUUGGAGAUAUGAAUUUAUCCCCGUGUGUUGUGCUCAAGGAUCUCUGCAGUCACGCUGUAAAUAAAGAUGCAGAUUGGAUAAUACCAAAUAAAGGGCUGAAUGAACUCCGCAGUCCUGCUGUACAUGGAGAUGCAGAACGGAUAAGAACAAAGACAGCAAAAGGACCUGAAGCUCCCACCAAGUCUUCCGCACAAAUCAGACCACCGGUAAACAGACAUGAUGUGCCUAUCCCGAAGAUCACCAGCAUGGACGAGUACUGGAAGACGUUGGAAGCUAAGGCCAAAAGCACUGGUAUACCUGUAGUUAACCAUCACCAGAGUGUGUAUCCAGCCUCGGAGAAAUCCUGCACAAGACAACGUGUGAAUAAUAUUCCAACACAAAAACAAACCGUUCAGCAGAAAAAACAAGUGAAAAUGAAAACACUUGCUAUCAAGAAAAGCUCUGGAUAUUCCUGUAGCGGAUUCAUGUGGGGUUUAUUCCGUUUUAUUCUCGUGGCGCUGAUCGGUUCAGCCGUCUUAGUGGCAUGCAAGAUCAUCCCUGUAAUGAAGAAGAAUGCAGAUGGUGAAACGCACCCAUCCACGCCUGUAAAGCUGGACAUUUUUGCAGAUCAGCUGUCUCUCCUUCAGGCUCAGUUCCCCAGUCAGCACUCUGAGUUGUGGAAGAGAAGCAAGAUCCACUUGGAGAAGCACCUGAAAACAAAGCAGCCCACAGAGCCGGUCAGUCUGAUCUUUACUGCCGGCCGCGGGGCUGAGAGGACCCUGACCUGCCUGGCUCAGAGGCUGGCCUCCUCGUACUCCUCGGCCCUCAACGCCUCCGUCCUCUACAUCGACGGGGCCAGCAGAGCCAGCCAGGACAGCGAUGAGGUGAAGCUGGACAUCGACAACCAGCUGCGAGCUGCGUUUGAAGGAGACAAACCCGCGGCCGUCAUUCAUCGCUUCGAGGAGCUGCCUCCAGGCUCCACGCUCAUUUUUUAUCGCUACUGUGACCAUGAGAACGCCGCCUACAAGCGCGUGUUUUUGUUGUUUACUGUGCUGCUUCCUCAAGAUGAGAUCAUUGGGGACCAGAGUCUGAAGGAAGUGGAGGAGAUGGUGCUAGAGUACGUCAAGGAGAAGCUGAUUAGCUCCAGCAACCACGCUUCUUUCAAUGACAUGGACAUAGACAAGUUUGGUGGACUGUGGAGCCGCAUCUCCCAUCUCAUCUUACCUGUGGUGUCUGAGAAGGAAGUAGAGCAGAAAGGAUGCUGAAGACUCGAGCUGGUCAUCAACGAAGAAGUCAGAAUUCCAUUUUGGAUCAGCCUGAUUCUUCCUAGGACCGUACAUUAGCUAUGAGACAGAGAAGUAACUUGUAAAUAUAAUGUGUGUUGUUACAUUUCACAUAUAACCUUGAGUUCAAAUGUUUGAAGGUUGUUUUAAUCUCUCCGUCAGCAGUAUAAGGUUGAAGAACUGCUCAUGUUGUCCAGCACUGAGUUUUUACAAAUGUACAAGCUUUUGAAUAAGGAUAUGUACCAUCAUUUCAUUUCCUAAGUAGGUUAUGAAAUGCUCUCAUCCAGGUUUAGUACAAUAUGUUUGAUUGAUUUGUUUUCUCCUUGUUCUGUGUCAUUAAUUGUUUCAACAGCACUUUGUUCCACAUCUUUUUAACCCAUCUAAGAAGAGUAUAGUGAAAGAUCAGCGUGGAUUGCACUGUUUUGUAUCAAAUCUCUCAUAAAACUGAUGGCUCACAUUAUAUAUCUGUUAAAUGUCCCCAUGGAGAUGUGUAUCCCAUUGUUCAUUUAAUUUUCUUGUGUAAACGAUUGGAUUUGCACUAAAAUCUUUGCUUUAAUGAUUCUUCUUAUCAAGAGUGCUGGCUUUUAUUGGGAUCAAUAUUUUUAAUUCCUUUUUUCCCUUUUUUCUGAUAUUUAUAUUUGUGAUAUUUUGUCUCUUUCUAGAUUGAAAUAUUUUUUGAUAGCUGUAUAUAUAUUUUGAAUAUAAAAAUAUUUUUCUUUGCUGUCAAAAAACCACAGAUGUUUUUACAACGUUGUCAAUCACAGGUUAUUACUGGGGGAUUUUGUUUGUAUGAAUUGAAUUUAUUUACAAACAAAACAGUAAGUCACAAAAUGUGCCUUAAUAACUCAAAUGGAGAAGGUAAGAACAUCUUUGAAAUAAAUAAAUGAUUUGAUGCUAUAUCCUGACAACUUCAAACCAGGCUUCUCCCUGAAAGAUUGCAAAGUUAAAUGUCCAAAUACAGGAGAGUGUUUUUUCUUUGCCUCCUGUGUAUUAUUCUGAUGAAUUCUGUUUUGCUCACAUGUACAUGUCUAUUUUCAAUAAAGAUUAUUUUGAUAACUAGAAGAGUUAAUCAUUAAUGAA